AUGCCACUCCAAUGCCAAACCUUCACAGCAGCACACCAAUGGCUCUCCACGCGCCCCCAUGCCUCCUCCCUCCUCCUCGGAACACCCCUCACAGAAAUAAAGUCCUCCAGCCCAAAUCGUGGCCAAGGCCUCUUCGCCGCACGUCCCAUCCCAGCCUUCACCCAACUCCUCACCGACACACCCUUGGUCUUGAUGACACCCACCGAUGACCUGCCGCACCUCUACGCUCAAUUUCAAACUUUCUCCAGACCCCAGAGAGAGCUGUAUCUUGCCCUAAGCUACACUUCCGACUCCCACCGCGCCGCGAUGAUGCAGGAUAAGCUUCUACAACGUGGUUUCAGUCCCGAUGAGCUAGCGGAGAUGAUCACCGUCGCCAGUAUCAUGCAGACGAACGCUUUCAACGUCGAUCUGGCUGAUGGUUUGGGCUCGACGUAUCGUGCCAUGUUUGCAAAGGUCGCGAGGAUUAAUCAUGCUUGUGCGCCGAAUGCGCAUGUUUGCUACUACCCUCCUGAUCCUGAGUAUGAGAGAGGGAGGAUGGUGGUGCACUCACUAAGACCGCUCGAGAAAGGUGAGGAAGUGCUAAUAUCCUACUUCAACAUUCUCAUGCCGCGAGAUGACAGAACGCUGCGAACCAGGAAGUGGGGGUUCGAAUGUGCAUGUCCGGUAUGCGAUGAGACGGCGCCCGGGCACAGACGAGCCGAGGGGUUGAGGAAGGAGUUCAACGACUUUAAGACGGAGCAGGGCAAGCUCGUGACGAAACCGAGCACGUCUGCGAAAGAAUUGAGCAAGCUGACGAGAUGUAUCGCACGAGGUCAAGCACUGACUGAGACGACGGCGGACUUCCCGGAUCUGAUACCUGCACUGCCGGAUGUAUAUGAUGGUUUGGCGCUCCUGCAGGCGAAAGUACUGUUGUCGCAGAAUCGGCCAUUUGAGAGGAAAGAGGUUCUGGAGCUUUUGGAGAAGGCUGCCGUUUGGGAUGCGAAGAUCACGGGUUUGAGCAGUCCUGCGACGGCGAAGAGGCUGCAUAAAUUGUCACAGUUUGUUGUCAAAACGGAUGAGAGAGGUAGGUACGCUUGA